ACCUAGUCUAGGCUCUACUGACUGUUAGAAGACAUACGGUAAGUGUUGUCUCUUGGUAAUGUAUGCGGUUUCAAACAAAUGAGCAGUGUUUACUUCGUCUACAUGGACUGAAUUGAUUGUGUAAAACCUUCUGAUGGACCGAUAAGGAGCUGCAAAAGUUCUGGUAAAAGACUAGCAGUCAUCCCAAAGUGAACCACACUUCCAGCCAAAGGUUUGUUGGGAAAAGGAUCCAACUAACAAAGAUGGCUGGACCUCUGAUUUUUCUUCUAAUUGGCUCUGUACUCCAAGGCUCCAACUGUAACAGUUUCGAGGUUAAUUUGCCACAGACUGUGAAAGUUAUGACAGGGUCAUGUGUGACCGUCCCCUGCUCCUUUGACAUUGAGAAGAAAUAUGAACAGAACUUGAAUGACAAUUGUGAAGCUAUAUGGCGUUCCAGAACCACAGGAGAUGUUGCACAACUAACUGACAGAAAUCUACAAACAGGAGACUUAACAAACAAAAACUGCACCACAACUUUCAGCAAUAUGCAGCUUCUUGAUACCAAGAAUUACAUCUUCAGACUGGACUGUAACAAUGCUCUGAAAUACAAUUUCCUUAAUGCUGAUGUAAAAAUUGAGGUCACAGAUAAUUUUCCCUCACCAACUCUGACUCCAUCCACCCUGAAGAUAAAGGAGGGAGAGUCAGUGAGUCUGACCUGCUCUGCUCCGGCUCCAUGUCUGCCUCAUCCUCCAACUCUGAUUUGGACCCCAAAACUGGGGGACAUUCAGGAAACACUGCAGGAGAAACUGGACAAAACUAAAUUCAAGACCUCAGUUAUGAACUUCACUGCUUCUCACCUCCAUCAUGAGCAGAAAAUUUCCUGCACUGCUGUGUACAAGAAACAAGAUGGAGGCUCUGAUGCACCUCUUACCAAAUCUUUAUUGCCAGAUAUUUCAUAUUCCCCUAAGAAUGUCACAGUUUCAGUCAGUCCCUCUGGUCCGGUUGUAAAGAACAGCAAUGUGACUCUGACAUGCAACAGUGAUGCCAACCCAGCAGAGAAGAAUUACACCUGGUACAGAGCUGAUGGAGGACAGGAAACUGUCUUUGGAAAUGGAAAGAUUUUGAACAUUAAAGUAUCAUCAGACAUGAGGAAUUUGUUCUGCAAAGCUGUAAAUGAGAUUGGAGAAGGACGUUCCAACCUCAGGCAUAUAGAUGUUCUGUUCCCUCCACCGAUCCUGCUCUCAUCAAACUGUACCAAAAGUGCAAAUCAGCUCAAUUGCUCCUGUGAAAUGGAGGGAAAACCGACUCCAGUGACUCAUUGGUUCUUGAAUGGACAACCUGUUAGUCCAUCUAGCCAGAUGGUUACAAAUGAGCUUCUAAAUGGCUCACAUUUGAGGAGCAUCAUCACUGUGAAUGAACCACAGUACAGAGAUCUGUCCACCUUGCUGUGCUUCAGCUCCAACUCCUUGGGAUCAGCCAGUAAACAGUUUUUUGUCAGUUUCCUUGAGAGCUCAAGAGAAAACCAAGGUCAAAUCCCACUGUCUGGUUUCAUUGCCACAGUUGGUGUUUUUUUACUGGUGGUAUUUGCACUCCUGGUUUUUAUCUGGUUUCAAAAGACACACCCCAAACCUAGAGGGAUUGGAGUUGAUAUUGACACAAAUGCAUGUCUAAUGACAGAGGAAAAUCAGGUACCAAAUCCGACUGAAGAUGCAAUUUAUGCAAACUCUGCUGAACUUAGUCAAGCAGGAAUUGGCCAACCUUCAAAUGGAACUGACAAUGAAAUCAGUGAAAGUUCAAGAAAGAAAAGUGAAGAUGUGGUUUAUGCCAGUGUGAAUUGGUCAAGAAAGAGCAAAACAAAGAAGACGGAGAAUGAUGCGAUCAUGAAUCUCACUGGCGACUCCUUAGUGGAGGAGGAGAAAUUUGAGAGGGGAGACAUGCUUUUUGUGAGCUCUGCACUGGAAAUGGGAAGUUUGUAUGCAGAAGUUAAGCCUAGAAAUGUAAGGAAGUGAAUAUGCUCAACUUAAAUUCAGGAACAAAUGUGCAACACAGAAUAAAUUAUCACUCUGUGGCAGGGUUGGUUCUAAAGAUAAGAUGAAAAACUAAAGUCCUAGUACAUGGUCAAGAAGGUUUUGAAAAAAAAAUUCCUACUGGCUGACACUGAAUUAAGAACAAUAUGUUAUAUUGUUAUGAAUUUGUUUUACUCAAGGUACCAACAAGGAUCUUUUUGGCCAAAACAUUUCUCUUGGAAAGUCAUGACAAUCAUCUCCAUUUCCAGCUUUUGUCAGUAUAGAAACCAUAACUAAUCCAAUUUUCUCACCACUCACACAAUAAUAACAUCAUGAUGUCGAGAACAAGCUGCAAGAAUUCCCAAAGCUUAGAAAUGAUGUCAUUUUGCUCUUGCAGAAAAGAACAAAUUGUUCUGUGCUCACAUUGUAUGUUUAGGCCUCAUUUAACUCUAGCUAGCUGAUGCAACUUGUCAAUAUAUGAUAUAUUCACUUAAUUUGAAGUUGACAGAAUAUUUUAGAACCAUCUGUAUUUGCUAAAGCCACAGCUGCAGUCUUCUGGCUUUAUAUGAGCUGUCAAAAAGCAAUGGUGAUAGUACCAAGUUUCUCUAAGAUGUUUCUUCCCCUCCUCAUUGUGAUGCCAGUCGUAGUGGAGGGUGCUGUAUCUCAGUGCUUUGUGCUGCAUAUUUAUAAACAUUUAUUAAAGUUGCAAUUGAAGAGUCAAACUUUAUCCAGUUAUAGUUUGACACUUCAUUAAAUUCACUUCAAUCACAUGCUUUAAAACCAAGUACUUUACAGUAUUAAUAUCACUAUUGCAUGGUCUCCGUUUGGUUUGUGAUUGUUUUAAAGUGUUUAUUUGAGCUAUCCAUGUUUUACGAAUUUGCAUUUUAGCAACUCUUCUGUCAUAUAAUCUUGAUGUAGUGCAAUACAAUU